CCAACCAAACCAGCAUCCAACCAAUCCAGCAUCCAAAUGGCUCCAGGUCCAGUGAGAAAGAGCCACUGGACCAGCUGGUUCUGUUCUGACCCAGCAGCAGAACCGGACUGGUUCUAAUCUCCCCUCAGAUCCAGAUGGAUUUGGAAAAUUUAAAUUCAUGACAAACACAGACAGGAGGGUGAGAAGUGUGUCAAAUGACGGGACCACAGCCAGGUGGGGGGCGUGGCCUCAGCCAGGUGGGGGUAGAGGGCGUGGCCUCAGCCAGGUAUGUGCUGCAGCAGCAGGUGGAAGAGGCAGAUGGUUUCAGAGCGAUGGGUCUCUACCAGCUGAUCGGUGCGGCGGUUCUGCUGACUCUGAUGACUCCAGAGUCGGAGUCGCAGCUCUCUGAUUGUGGUCAACCAGCACUAAACACCAGGAUCGUUGGAGGAGCGGCGGCUCCUCAAGGGUCGUGGCCCUGGCAGGUCAGUCUGCAGACCUCGUCUCACUUCUGUGGAGGAUCUCUGAUCAACAGCGAGUGGGUGCUGACUGCAGGUCACUGCAUUAUCAGCAACAUAGGUUCGGCAAGACUGGUUCUGGGUCUUCAGAGUCUGACAGGGACCAACCCAAACAAAGUCACCCGGACAGUAGCACAGGUUAUCCGUCACCCUAGCUUCAGCAUUUCCACUCUGGACAACGACAUCGCCCUGAUAAAGCUCUCCUCAGCUGUAUCGUUCAACAACUACAUCUCGCCAGUGUGCCUGGCGGCGGCGGACAGCACCUUCUACAGCGGCGUCAACUCCUGGGUCACCGGCUGGGGCAACAUUGGAUCUGGUGGUAGGUCUCACUACAGAACAGAGCUACUCUGUUCAACUUAUUAUGCACCGACCACCAUCACUGACAACAUGAUCUGUGCAGGAUUACUGCAGGGAGGAAAGGACUCCUGUCAGGGAGACUCAGGAGGUCCGAUGGUGAGCAAACAAGCUGGCCGCUGGAUUCAGUCAGGAAUUGUGAGUUUUGGCAUUGGCUGUGCUAACCCAAAUUACCCAGGAGUCUAUGCCAGAGUCUCCCAGUAUGAGAGCUGGAUCAAAACCCAGAUCACCACCAACCAGCCGGGCUUCAUCACCUACACAUCUACCGGAACCAACAGCGACCUGAGCGUCUCCUGCUCUGGCGUGCCACCAAUUUUGUCCCCAACCACCACCACUACUACUACUCCUACUACCACCACUACAACAAGCACUACAAAGCCAACAACAAAACCACUGACCACUACAGCCUCAGCAGCAAUAAAACUCACAACAACCAACAUCAUCAAACCAACAACAAAAGCUACAAGUACCUUAGCACCGUCUCCUACAACGACCACAACAACCACAUCCAUGCCCAGGCCUGUAGCCUGUGGCGAAGCCCCAUUAAACUCCGGUUCUCCGGAUGGAAGCUUGUCAUCAGAAGGCGAGUGGCCGUGGAUGGCGAGUUUGCAGAAAGGAGGAAAGCAUGUCUGUGGAGGGACGCUGGUGUCUGAGGACAAGGUUCUGACCAAUGCCGACUGCAUUCCAGAAGACUCUGUUGCGUCUGAAUACACCGUGGUGUUGGGUCGUCUGAAGCAGAACGGAUCAAACCCUUCUGAGCAGUCUGUUGCUGUGGGAAGCAUCACUCGGAGCAACCUAACAGGUUCCAACAUUGCAUUGCUUCAGCUGUCAGCCAAACCCAAACUGACCGACUACGUCUGGCCCAUCUGCCUGGACAACGGAAGAGCCUUCCCACAGGGAUCCACCUGCUGGGCUGCUGGCUGGAGCUCUGUGAAUGGAGGAGCUGAUAAAGUUCUUCUGAAGUUCCAGACCGAGGUUUUAAGUUGUGGGAUUGAUUCAGGAAAUGACACCCUGUGUACCGGAGUGUUUACACAGGAACAGGGCUAUUCUGGCGACCCGCUCAUGUGUCAGCAGGAAGGAUCUUGGUUCCAGGUGGUCGUGCUCUCGUCUGCUGAAAUCGCUACCAGAUAUAAGCGCCAGGCUCAUUUUAUGUCCUUUGAGAAACUGGACCGCUUCCAGGACUUCCUGAUUCGCUCUCUGGGGUCAUUUCUGACUCCAGUCGUCAGAAACAACACCGCCAGCACCAACAGCACCGCCAACAGCACUGCCGCCGCUGCAACCGUCCCCAUGACGACGAGCAGAGCGACCCAGAACCCCUUUGCCUCUGUGCUCUGCCUGCACCUGUUCCUCCUGGCGGCGUGCCUCCACCUCCUCCCAUAGACGUCCAGCUCCGCCUUUACAUGAUGUGACGCACAAAUGAAUGUAAGCUGUGGGUGCAACCAGUCAGGUUCUGGUUCUGGAGGAGCUCCAUCAGCCUUUCCAUCCUGAGGAAGACUUUGUUUAUCCUGAGUCAUGUUUGGUUAGUUUGAUGCAACAGCGUGGAUCCAGAACCUGCUGACAGACGUCAGCCGGACUGAACUACCUCACCGCGCUGCGGCGGACGUUUCCACCUGAAGCUGCGACGUGCCUAAUGUUUACAUGAAUGUUUGCACUGAAAUGAUUGUAAGAAGCGAGCUUCAUCUGAUCAAAUCAACGGCUGUUCCCGUUUUCUCAUGCUUUGAUUGCACUUUACUGUAAAACUGUAUUCAGAAUAAAUCUGUUUUUCUCUAACCUGUGAA